AUGGGCCUCGUCUCCCCCGAAUUACGGGCGCCAGGCCAAGCCGAGAUACACGACUCCAUCUACAAGCAGGCCGUUGCCUUCGGCCGCCGCGCCGAAGAGCUCGGAAACAACGUCUUCCCAGCCAUCCCAGACCUGCUAAACAUCUACGAGUCGCCGCGAGUUCGGGGCGCCAUCGAGAGCCUCCUUGGACCGGGAUAUCUUCUGCAUCCGCACAGAUACUGCCACACGAGUGAGCGACCGACGCCGCAAACGUGGCACCGCGACUCUUUCUGGGGGCAUUGGCAUCCGCGCAAUGCGUGCCCUUAUUGGAUCAUGGCGCUCUACUUUCCUCAGGACACGCCCCUGGAGCUCGGGCCAACAGAGAUCCUUCCAAGGAGUCAGUGGUACAACAAGGAUGAGAAGAGCGAUCGAGGCCCAUAUGGGUGCGCUCGCUUCAGCGAUCGCGAGGCAGCGACUGGAAUCCCUGCCGCGAGUUGGCACGUGCAGGGGAGGCCCUUGUGCUGCUCUGCGGGCACGGUCGUCCUCAUGCACUACGACCUGUGGCAUCGGGGUGGAGCCAACAUCAGCAGUAAUGGAAUCCGCUACAUGUUCAAGUUUCAGUUCAGCCGGAUGCUCAGCCCUGUCGUAGCGCCGCGCCUGCGCACAGCACCUGACAAAGCCAUCAACUGGGAGGAGUUCUACCAGGACGGCAUCGAUGAGCCGGCUCGCAUGCAGCCUGUAUGGCAGGGCAUUUGGGAUUGGCUGCAUGCCGGCAGCAGCGAGGCGGCUGCUGAAGCAGACGCUGACGCAGUGAAGGUGCUUGUGACCGAACUGAUUCAAGGACCUGGGCAGGAUGCCUUGGAUCCGCAGCGUGUGGCUGCGGCGUGGCAGUUGGCGAGGCUGUGCAAGGGCCGACUGCCAGUGAUUGAGAAGACCGUGGCCGCCCUAGACCAGCUCCUUCAACUCCGGGGCCGCAAUGUGAUGCAUGUCCUCGAUAUGUUGGGUCCUGCGGCUGCACGGUUCUUGUUGCAGAAGCCGGGGCUGCAGCAGUCUUCAGAUGCCGUGCACGGCCUUGGCAGAUGUCUGGACAUGGCUGGAGGGGACGCAGAGGUCACCAGCGAGGCUCUGGAGGUGUUGGAGGAGGUCUUGAAGGGCCGCGAGGAUCCGCUUCUUCGGGUCUGCGCCGCAGAGGCCCUGGGCUGCCUCCGCCUGAAGGAUAGUGCUUGGCCACUGCAGCGCGCUGUGGCCGAGGAUCCCGUCGGUGCCGUCCGCGCCACUGCGCUGCAUGCCCUGCUGCGGCUGCUCACCUCUGGGGACGGCUGCUUGGAGGCUCUCCGGGCAACCGCCCAAGCAGUGAAGCCCAAAGACCCCGAUCGCUCCGUGGCAGAGUGA